UCAACAUCAAGAUUUAAUUGUAAUCUCACAUUAGUUUAUACAACUGACGGCGACGAUAAGUUUAAUCGUUUAGUGACCAAGUACCUAACUUCAAUCUGAUACAGUCUCCCCACCCCCCAAAUAGUCAACAGAUUUGAGGCGGGGGUGUCGGAGAGUCCCCUAAAAAUGGCGGCUAUAGUGGUGGUCUUUGACUUUGAUCGGACGUUAAUAGACGGGGACAGCGACAGUUGGGUGGUGACGGAGAUGGGCCUCUCCGACCUCUUCCAUCAACUCCGAUCUACCUUGCCUUGGAAUUCCCUCAUGGAUAGGAUGAUGAAGGAGCUUCAUUCCCGAGGGGAAACUGCUGACGAUAUUGCAGAAUGCUUGAAAAAGACUCCGGUACAUCCCAGAAUUGCUGCCGCCAUUAAAGCCGCCCAUGCUUUUGGAUGCGACUUGAGGAUACUUAGUGAUGCAAAUCAGUUUUUCAUUGAGAAAAUUUUGGAGCAUCAUGAUCUGUUGGGUUGCUUCUCAAAGAUCUAUACAAAUCCAACCUUCGUAGAUGAAGAAGGAAGGCUUAGGAUCUUCCCUUAUCAUGACUCUACCUUAUCUCCACAUGGGUGCAGCCUAUGUCCUUCAAAUUUGUGCAAGGGUCAAGUACUUAACAAUAACCAAGCUUCUGCUCCUGAAAGCGAAAGGCAGAAUUUUAUCUACCUGGGAGAUGGGUCAGGUGAUUACUGCCCAACUUUGAAGCUUGGAGACAAGGAUUAUGUGAUGCCAAGGAAGAACUACCCUUUAUGGAACUGUAUUUUUAGUGACCGAGCUUUUGUCAAAGCAGAAGUUCGUGAAUGGAGCAACGGUGAAGAGCUUGAAGGAAUCUUGCUCCACCUCAUUAACAGAAUAUCCUCAGAACGAAGCAUCUUGUAACAUUUUUUCUCAAUUGAACUCAUCUAAUUGCAAGCUCCAUAUUUCAGUGUCUUCGCCCAAAGCCUUAAACCAUGGAGGUGCUAAUAUUGCUUCUAUACUUACAAUUACACCAUAUGAAUGCGGAAUUCUUGUUUCAUCCCUUAGGCUCAAAAUUCUCUGGCGUUUACAUUCAUCACAACUUAUUCUUGUCUCAUUUCAUAUCGGAUCAAUGUUUGGAAAUCACCUUCCAGACUUAAGGUAUAUUGGUGGAUAACUGAGAACCUUGGUUUGCAAAAAAUUAUUAGAUCAGGCAGACAUAUUCUAUAAGAAUCUGUUCUGAUUCAGUCGUUUAUCAUUAUUCUUGAAUGCUAAUAAUGUUGUUUAGAUGACAUGUUAAAGAUUAUAAAGAAUUAAUUCGGGAAAUAUCAUGGACUAUAUAUACAUAGUUUUCAUAGAA